GCCCAACUCAGCCCAACUGACACCACAAACUGACUGACACCCUGCCGCGGUUUCGCGGGCUUUUUGCCAACGUAAACAUAACCUUAAAUGUCACACCACAGUCACACCGUAAAGUGCCGUAAAAACAUUAGAAAGCUAGAUUUUUAGUGUGCUUAUUUGAUUUUCGGGCGGAAGUGAACAUUCGCGAUAUUCCAGUGUCGAAAAGUCCGCGGAUCCAUUUCUGUUGUUUCGCGAUUACACCGUGAUGGAGUGUGCAUAGUUUGUAAUUAAAGACCUCAGUUUUUAGUGUGAAAACAUUAAAAGUGGAGCAAGCUUUGAAACAUAUCUCUUGAUUAAAAUCAAACACCGAUCAUGUCUUCUAUGCUCUCAGCUGAAUUGGCAGCCACAUGCAGUGCUCUGGGAUACUUCGACUCAAAAGCUAAAAAGUACUUUGCAGAUUCAAAUACAUUGGAAGCUGUCAAAGACCUCAUUCGUUACCUGAGAAGGGAUGACUCUAGCCAUGCUAUUCGCAGAGAGCUAGGUGAGAGCAUGGUGUUGCAGACUGACUUGCUACCAUUGUUGAAAUGCUACUGGGAGGAGACUGAUCUAUUUGAUGUGCUGUUGAGAUUAAUAGUAAAUCUGACAACACCAGCUCUAAUCCUGUUCGAUGAAGAGGUUCCUACAGAUAAGACUGCCAGAAACCACUACUUACAGAUGGAAGAGCACUUACAGUCUUAUAAGGAAGCGUUUGUGGAUGACGAUGUUUGGGCUGUUUUAAGUACCAAGCUCAGUCAAAUAUUAGAAAUCGUGAAUUUGCUAUUUUUUUACUCGAGCGCGGCAGAUUAAGAUGAGGAGCGGUAUAUUGCACCCUGUCC